AGAACCGUCAUUUAGAAGAAACUAAACCCCGGCUGCAACACCUCUACACCCCUCCCCUUUAUCCUUUUGCCCCUCGCUACCGGUAGCACCAAGCCUUCCGAAAAUAAUAGAGAGUGAGAACUUGGUUGAAGAGGAAAAGAAAUAAAAAUUUUUGAAAAAAAAAAAAAAAGGAGGGAGGGGGUUUUCUAGAGGGGAGAAAGAAAAGGGGAAAAAUGGCAGGGCGGAGCCAGAACGCAUACCGGCUCUUCACGCCGGUGACUGGGCCCGAACCCACCAGACUGGGAUCAGACGAGUUCGAUGAGGCCGACGUCUGGGGGUGCGGCCUCGAGCCCAGACCAGCCGAGCAGCGCAAGCCCGUCCCCGCCGCCCGGUCCGGGCGGAAUAAAGCGGAGAACUGCGACCGGAUCACCGGGCCCUCGUCGCUUCCGGUGAAUAUACCGGACUGGUCCAAGAUACUGAGAGAGGAGUACAGAGGCGACAACAGCAAAAGCAGGAGGGAUUUCGAGGACGACGGCGACGACGAGGGGGUGGGUGGCGGGCCGCUUAUCCCACCGCACGAGCUGCUGUGGCGUAGCCGGGGCGCCUCGUUCUCGGUCCACGAGGGGAUAGGCCGGACCCUCAAGGGCCGGGACCUGAGCCGGGUCCGGAACGCCGUCUGGGAGAAGAUCGGCUUCCAAGACUGACUGAAUCGAUUUCUUGAUUUUAGGAUGAAAGAAAAGAAGGA